AUGGCACAAUCAUCAGUUUUAUCAAAACAUGUUGAUUAUUCAAUUUAUUACGAAGCAAAUAUUAAAUUAAUGGUACCUAAUGAUUUAAUAGUUUUUAAAGGCGCAUUAAAAAAAUUUCAAGAUCAAUUAACUUUAUUAAAUACACAGUUCCCAAGUUCAUUUAUUACAGGUUCAAUUGGUUUUAGUUGCGAUGGUUGGAAGAAAGUCACUACAAUGCCCCCACCAGUUGGAUUGGUUUCAGCAAAUACAUUUGAUUAUAUUCCAAAUACAAUACAAAGAGAUUUGUUUAUACAUAUAUCAGGUGAACAAUUUGAUGUUGUUUUUAAGGUAGCACAAGAUGUUCUCAAUUAUUUUUCAAAUACAAUUAAAAUUGAACAAGAGGUACAUGGGUUUAGAAGAAUUGAAGAUCGUGAUUUAAGUGGAUUUAUCGACGGAACAUUAAAUCCAUCCAUAGAUUCAGAUAGAAUCAAAUAUGGACUAGUGCCAGAAGGACAGCCACAUGAAUAUGGUAGUUUUGCUUUUAUCCAACGUUGGGUUCAUCAUUUGGAAAGCUGGAACCAGCAAUCCGUCCAAUACCAACAAGAUACAAUAGGAAGAAUGAAAAAAGAUAGUGCUAAUAUCCCUGUUGACCAACGUCCUGCAAAUUCACAUGUAACAAGAACACAAUUAAUAGAUGAAGUUGGUGAAAAGGUAAAAAUAGUAAGACAAUCAUUGCCAUAUGGUUUAGCAUCAGGUGAAAAGGGAUUAUUUUUUGUAGGUUUUAGCGGUAGAAUACAUUAUUUACAAUUGUUGUUAGAAUCAAUGUUUGGUAAGCGUGAUGGAAAACAAGAUCUAAUAUUAAAAUUUACUCUCCCAGUUAUGUUUAUUGAAGCAAGUAUUAAAUUCAAAUUUCCAGAUGAUAAAAAAUUAUUUAAAGAUGCUCUUAAAGGAUUCCAAGAUGAAUUGGAUCAAUUAUCAGUUCGAUACCCAGAAUCAUUUAUAACCGGUUCUUUGUGUUUUUCUUGUGAUGCUUGGAAAAAAGUUACAGAUUUACCAAUGCCAGAUGAGUUAAAGUCAUCUAAUACUUUAACUUAUAUACCCAAUGUAAACCAAAGAGAGUUCUUUAUUCAUAUAUCUUCUGUAACUUUUGAUGUAGCCAUUAAAUUAGCACAGAAUACCCUAAAGAAUUUUGGUAGUAUUAUAAAGGUCGAAGAGGAAAUUCAUGGCUAUAGAAGAUGCGAGGAGCGUGAUUUUAGUGGUUUUGUAGAUGGCACAAAUAAUCCACAAACAGUACCAGAUAAAAGUCAAGUUUCAUUAAUACCUGCAGGAAAACCACACGAAAAUGGCAGCUAUGUAUUUGUACAACGUUGGGUGCACCACUUGGAAAACUGGGACCAUCAAUCAUUGCAAUACCAACAGGAUUCAAUCGGAAGGUUAAAAAAAGAUAGCGGAAGGAUACCACUAGAGAAACGUCCUACCAACUCACAUGUAUCAAGAACCCAAUUACUAGAAAACAAUGAAAAGGUCAGAUUAAACAGAGCUUCUUUGCCCUACGGUGCAGCAUCUGGUGAAAAAGGUUUAUUCUUUGUAUCGUUUAGUUAUAGAUUCCAUUUUAUUGAAUUAAAUUUACAAUCAAUGUUUGGAAAGCUCGAUGGGCAACAAGAUUUAGUAUUGCGUGUUUCUGUUCCUGUUAGCGGUAGUAUCUAUUUUUGUCCCUCCAAAGAAGAGUUAUUAAAUAUGUAA